GACCUGUUGCAUCCACUCAACUUUGUGCGUUUUUACCUUCCUCUGCUCGACAUCCGCCACAGGAGGGUGAUAUACUUAGACGAUGAUGUCAUUGUGCAGGGCGACAUCGGGGACCUGUUUAACGUCAAACUGAAGCCGGGCCACGCUGCGGCCUUCUCCACCGACUGCGACCUGCCCUCCACCCACGAGAUGGUGCGCAGCAUCGGCAUGCAGACAACCUACAUGGGCUUCCUGGACUAUAGGAAGGAGACCAUCAGAGACCUGGGCAUCAACCCACGAGACUGCUCAUUCAACCCGGGAGUGUUUGUGGCAGAUGUCGGCGAAUGGAAGAAGCAGAAGAUCACCAAACAGCUGGAGAAGUGGAUGGAGGAGAACUUCAGGCAGAACAUAUACAGUAGUGCCAUGGCUGGAGGCGUGGCGGCCCCCCCCAUGCUGAUAGUGUUUCAUGACAAAUACACAACACUGGACCCGAUGUGGCACGUCAGACACCUGGGCUGGAGUCCAGAUGCCCGCUAUCCAGAGAGCGUCCUACAGGAGGCGCACCUGCUGCACUGGAAUGGUCCAUUUAAACCCUGGAAUUACCCCGCUGUUCACUCGGAUCUGUGGGAGAGGUGGUUCAUCCCAGACCCCUCCAGAAGGUUCUCCUUGGUGCGGCCUGACAGCAGAGGCUGAGGUCUGUGGAUCACGUCUGAGCCACGUGACACGAAGCAGGUGCAGGUCAGGGCUGCCGUCCAGUGGU